UGGUAAAACAGUCGUGUGUAGUUCCAGUAGUCAGCUACACCGCUACAUGGCUACAAAAUAAUGAACUACUGAAAAAACUACCAACAUUUGAAUUGAGUUCAACUAACACCAAGCUACUGUAAAAUGUAGUUAAAUUACUAGCUGAAUUACAUGCAGUUUGCCAACACUGUCUGUAGUUGACUAUUAUAGCUGUUGUAAUUAGCAUACCACCCAUGAUGUUAGUGUAUGUGUGUAGGUCAGUGUGCUGCAGUGCUUAUCCUUCAGAUCAGUACAUUUUCCACGAUUCAACAUGUUGUUCAAUAUAGGGGAACUAUUAUAAAACGAUGAACAGCUAUUUAACAACAAUUAAAGGGCAAUUGAUUGUGUAUUCAGUCAAAACCAAAUCUGUCAGCUGUAUAUGAACAGGAUUGGAAAAUGAUGUCUUCAUUUUGGUGUCUUUCAGUAGAAUAUAUUAGUCUUUGUGGUAAGAACCUAUAUAUGCAGCUAUAGGAGGUGUGAGCUGUAGCAGUGGCGGGGACUUCCUGAGCCUUUGCAACUGAGCAUGUGACUUUGAGGUCAAGCCAUUUCCUCCUGCAGUAACCCUUUGCAGAGUGUCCCCUUAAAUUGCAAGUACAAAUUGUAUGACACUCACAUUUGAGUGACAAAUGCAUCUGAGACAAGCUUGAAGAUUUUUAUCCACAAUUCUGAGUAUGGGUGAUGUUCUGGAUUAGGCCAGCACCAUGGAGACACUCGGUAGCAAGAGAGAGAUGGCACUUCCAUCCCGAAGCUCUUCCCAGGCAAUAGGAGCUCUUACCCUGAGCUCUUCCCAGGCAAUAGGAGCGCCGACCGUGAGCUCUUCCCAGGCAAUAGGAGCUCCGACCGUGAGCUCUUCCCAGGCAAUAGGAGCUCCGACCGUGAGCUCUUCCCAGGUAAUAGGAGCUCCGACCGUGAGCUCUUCCCAGGUAAUAGGAGCGCCGACCGUGAGCUCUUCCCAGGCAAUAGGAGCUCCGACCCUGACGUCUUCCCAGGUAAUAGGAGCUCUGACCCUGAGGAAUUUCACCAUUCCCAGGAGGAAGAGGGGAGAUGGAAAAGCUCUUUUGGAUGUCUGCCUCAAAGAGAGCAGGGACUAUAGUCUGAUACAGACAACUCUGAAUGAGUCCCGAUUGGACAUGGGCAAGGAGAUAUCCUUCAGCUGGCAGUGGGAUGAUGUCACGCUAAUACACAACGAGGAGCUACUGCGAGAGUUCUUUGAAAAAAGAUCUGAAAUGCGUUUAAAGGAUAGACACGUCAGAGAAAUGGAGGAGAGGUUCUGUUUUUUAGUCACCUCUGACCAAAAAGCUAAGCAAAUGUAUCAACACGGACUGAAGGUUGAGAACACAGAUCAACACUCUCUGGGAAACCCGUCAUAUGGAGUCUAUUUGCACAGGCACGCUGAUGUGGCCCUGAAAAAUAUCAGCGGCAACACCCCUGCUGGAAAAAUCCUCAUCAUUUUCAAGGUUCUCUUUGGCAAGGUGAAAAAAGUACCUCCAUGUUAUGGAAGGAACAGCACACAUGAUCCAACGGUGAAUUACGAUUGUCACGUGUCCAAAGACCCCGCUGUCCCGAGGGACAGCUUGUCUCAGCAAGUUUUGAGCUCGUCAGUGUUCCUGUUUGACUACAACGAAAACCAGGAGCUAAAACAGAGACCAAGGCAAUGUUUGCCAUAUGCUAUGGUUUCAUUGGUUCCUUCUGUAAAUUCUUCUCCGACUAGCACUCUAGUUCCAUCUGUAAAACUGGGGCCAAAAACAAAGGAUUCAGCGGCAUGUUUGGAAACCUGCACCGUGGCUCAAAGAGUGGGUAGAGGUCAGAAUGCGACCGUGACAUUCAAACAUUUUGGGACAACUGAAAGUCCAUUGCCUGGAUACAGAUGUCAGGGAUUUGGAACAAACCCCCCAUUCCAAAGAGGUGAUCAACAGAACUUCCAAAACAUUACAUCAAUCGCAAACCAAUUGUAUCACAACGGAAGUGACCAACCCCCACCGCCUCCACUACACAUUAGUCCCUGCGACCAGCCCCCACCACCUCCACCGCCCUUGAGUUCCUGCGACCAGCCCCCACCGCCCUUUAGUCCCUGCGACCAGUCCCCAGCGCCCAUUAGUCCCUGCGACCAACCUCCAACUCCUUUUAGUUCCUGUGUCCUGCCCGCAUCACCCUUUAGUUCCUGUGUCCAGCCCCCAUCACCUUUUAGUUCCUGUGUCCAGCCCAAAUCACCCUUUAGUUCCUGUGUCCAGCCCCCAUCACCUUUUAGUUCCUGUGUCCAGCCCCCAUCACCCUUUAGUUCCUGUGUCCAGACCCCAUCACCCUUUAGUUCCUGUGCCCAACUUUUACCACCUUUUAGUUCCUGUGUCCAACCCACACCGUCUCCAUCACCCUUUAGUCCCUGUGACCAGCCCCCACCACCCUUUAGUUCCUGGGCUCCUCCUUUACCACCACCAUUCACUGGUUCAAUUACCUUCUUGGAAGACAAUGGACUGGUUACUGAUCCUAUACAUUUACAGAUCCCAAGCCAUGCUGGAACAGCUCAAUUUGACCACAAUAAACCCCACUUAGGUAACCAAGUUCAGUCUUGUCAACAAGUUUCGAACACCCUGGCCACGAACCAGGAUAACUUAUGGCGACAGUCUACAUCUGCAACAGGUGCAUUGGAACCAGUCUCUACUAUAGUUUAUUCUUCACGUGUGAUUAAGGAUCCCAGAUUGUCGGCACGAGAAACUAACAAUAUGCAGAGAUCGAUUUCAAUGGAGUCAGAGAGCGGUCAACAAACAAGUACCUCUGUCUGCAUAUUGACCGUGAAGCCAGAGCAUAAGAAUCUCCAAAAUGUACCAAAACAGGUGAAAAAUCUCAGGGAAACUGGAAAAAAGAAUGAUCCAAAACCAUGCCAGCCUGAUACACCAAUAGAUUGUUCUACUGCUACUUUGGUGAAUAUUUCAGCUCCAUCCUCUGUGAUACCUACAACUGAGAAUCAGCCAUCGUCUAGAAUGCUUAAAAUGAAGUUCCAGAAGUAUUCUCCAUAUUUUCAUCUGACCAAAGAGGAGAGGAAGGCAAAAAUUGGUUCUCUACAACAUCUGUCAUUUGAUGAGAAAAAUACAUUAUUAGAGAGAACCAAUUUUUAUGCAAACUAUUUUCAGAAGUCCAGGUGUCUACUCAAUCAAAAUGACAAGGUCGCCACAGUCGACCCUGGGCGGCUAUGUAAACCAGGAAGUAUAAAAAGAUGCUUGUCCAGCACAGACUCAGUGGAGAUGUACAACAGUCCUCAAAAGACUCAUGAGGACAGUGGUGCAUACUUGCAGCAGCAGGUGAGACAACAUCAUCAGCCCCAGUACACCACAAAUGGUGAUCAGAGUUCAAAACCUAUCCCAGAAAUUUCAGCCCAUAAUCCAUCAAUUGUCUGUGGGGCUGUGGAGGAAAUUGUGGCCCUUCAAUUUGAGAGGAACACAGGCAAUAUGGAACCAGAAGACAUGAACCUUUGCAGCCCAGAAUCCACUACUACAUGUCUCACAGAAACGGAAGAGGAUGUGCACAAAGUUACUGUGGAACCACAAGAUGAAAUGGCAAUGAAAAAUGACUCACCGAUUCCAUUCCUUCCCCAGACUGUCAACCAAACUGCAACCUCUGAAAGCCGGCAGGAAACAGAGGUGAGGUCCAAUCUUAACUCAGCAACAGAGGAAAAACCUCAGGAUGCUCUAAAUGAAAACUCUAAUGCAAGCAAGCAGAACACAGAGGCAAGCUCCAAACCAAAUUCCAUAAGAGAUGAAAAAAAUCUAAACAUUGUACCUGAAAUCGCUGAGGGAAACAGACAGAGCAGAGAUGUGAAGUGUGAACCAAUCUUAGAAGAGAAAAACAAAACAAAUGCUGUAAGUUCAGUGGAUGACACAAUGGUGAACGAAAAUCCCUCAGAAACAAGGUGUCCAGUCAUUUAUGAGAGCCAUACUGAUAUCAUGGAUGCUUGUGAAGAGGUUUGUGGUACGGAAACAUCAGAGGAAGUUAUGAGUGUCAAGGUCUUCUGUCCUGGAGUCAUGUCUAGGCAAAAUCAUGAAAGGCUUUUGCAGAAAGACAGAGAAUGUUAUGAAAUUGGCCAACAUCAACAAAAUGAAUCCAAUACAUUUUCUACCUGUGGUGACUUAGCUGAUAAUACUGAAGAAUGUCAGGCUGAUGAUUCAAAAGCCAAAGAUACAGUCUACAGUUUCCUGUAUAACAGGCUGCAACUCAGUGAGCUCUUUCUUUCACCUAAUCAGCAUGGAUCAUGCUCAAUUUCUGGUAAACAUUACCUUAAACCAAAAUGCAAAGACAGUCCUAUGGACACCAAUAAAUCACUCCUUCCGUCCUGCAACCCAAACCAAGUAGACAUCGGAGAGGGAUGUAACCUUCGCAUCACAAUAAAUGCUGAUAGAGAAUUGUCCGCUGUCACGGAAUCCCCCUCUCUGUCCAAGAGAUUUUCAGUGUCAGAAUGUCCUCAAGGAACUCAAGCCUCACCAACUGUACAGGAAAAUGAAAAGUUUAGCAACAACAGCAUUAUCAGUGAAAACACACCCAUUGACGGUGUUCUGAAAACAUCCACCUACUACACCACCUUCAACAGAGCACAUGCCCGCAAUGCCAAAUUAAUCAAAAUGAUGGCAGAGAAAUACAAAGGGAAGGAAAAUGCUUCAGUGAGGAUAAUGAGAAAUCAUCAACAUUCAAGAGUGAAGAAGAAAUUGAUUGUUGAAAAAUCCACCACUGACAUUCCAUACUCAGAAAUAUCAAGAUCAUCCCAUAAAGCCAUUACAGGCCAUAUGCAGAUGCCAUUUAUGCAGAGGGAAAAAGACUGUUUGAAUGUUUCCCACAAAAACUUGAAACGCAAAACCUUUUUCCCCAAUAAGGUCACAAGAAAUGCCAGAGAGAACAAACACAAAUCAUGUUUUACAUUUAAAUCAAAGGUUGCAGCUCAGAAAAUUUCUGUGUCAGAUGACUUAAAGACCUCAACGCGAGUUCCCAUAACAUCAAAAAAAAGCACUAUCCUGAAGAUGUUAAUAGAUUUUAGGAGAAAAAAACGUUGGGGGACAUUCAAUCACAACAGAAUGUACAGUCAAAGGAAUGUGUGCAAUGCUCCUGCAAAGUAUAUUACUUCCAGCCCAACGUCCGAUGAUAAUAAACAUCUGAGAGGUAAUCGUUUCGAGAAGAAACAUCUGAAGACACCAACGAGAGAGUUAGAAACAAAUAUGUCUAUGAGAGAUGGAAAUGAAAAGAUCAACGAGGAAAAGCAGAUAGCUGAUGCUGUUAACACAACCUUAACUUCGUCGACCAUAGAUAUAGUCAAUGAAGAGGCUGCAAAAUCUACUUCUGGGAGCACUGCGAGCAACUUUGUGGAAGACAUUCAACACAUUGAGGAAGCAAAGGAUCUAUCUAAAAGCAGAACUUGCAACGACGGCAAGCCACAUGACACAGAAACAUCUCAGGAAACCCAGAGCAAUUGCACUUCCCUUCAGAACAAAUUACCUCCACCGAAAUGCACCAAUAUCGUGGCUGUAAGUCAAGACAAUGAGGGAAUAACUGAGUUUAAAAAACAUGAGGUGGAUCUGCUGAAAGAAAAGGCAUUACAAGCUCAUACACACUCUAGAAAAGAGGUGGAAGAGGCCAACAGUGAUAUGGCGCCUGCUAAAGAGAUCAUUUCAGCUUCUGAGAACAUGGAGUUUCCCUUAGAUGCUGCCAUCAAGAUUCUUUGUGGCAGUGAGUUAAAUUCAAACACACCCAAACCACAGGAAGAGAUAGCUCGGGUGUUGCAGCACAAGUAUGGUCAAAUGGAGACAGAGAAAGCAGACACAUCAGAUAGAACACAUUACUGCAACCCACUGGAACAAGAAGACACACCCUCCAAGGAAGUGAAACUCAUCAAUAGAUUAAGAGAUUACUUGACAAAUUUUGAGUACAUAGUUAGGAAACCCGAGCCAAAAACAUCAGAUACACUCUGUGAAAAUGAGAAGAAUUUGCCACAGAUUUGUGAAACUAUCCAGAAUAAUGUCAAUGACCAUAAGGAGAAACCAGUUCAUCUGGUUGUCCUUGACAGGGUGGAGUUGCGCAAUCUGAGACCUAAUGCAAUUCCUUUCCCAAUAAAGAUAUGCACUCCAAUUAUCAACACAGACAAUGACCUGAUUCAUAGUAAAGAACAGGAACACAAGGAGAAAACAAGAGGGAAUAAAACGAAUUGUUACAGAAUUCCUUGCAUUAGCCCUGAUAGUACUUCCAUGUUGGAAGUCCCUGAAAAGUCCACUCAAACUCCUAUGGACAAGAAAACAACUGAAGCAGAAAUCUCCACAAGUGUGCCUGACAUUAACCAUGGGAUUACAAUUGCAGAAAAUUAUGCCUCAAGAGAACAGCAAAGACAGCCAAAUUGCACUAUUGAUGCAAACAACAUGAUCAUGCUCAAAGCACUUGCAGAAAUAGAACCAGAGAAUUCCGAAUUUUGUAAAACAAAAGAAAACACCAACCAGAAGCCAAAAAGCCACAUUGUAAGGGUGAACACUAAGACUUUUCAUAGAAACUUCAGUGUGGCUGAUAUCUCAAAUGCACUAAAGCAUGGAGACAAAGUAACUUCCUUGGCCGAACUUUGCCCGUUGCGAACUGAAUGCAAAGUCAUGAUGCAGUACUUCAUCUUAAACUUUGAGGAAAAACAGAAUGUUGAGGUCAAUAGAACUAUCGUCUCAAGAGAUCAGAUUUUAGAGCGAUAUCUGGACCGUCCUCCUGUACCAAUGGAACUGAAGUACGAAGCGUUGAAUUCUUUCCUGGAACUGCAGAUAAUGAUGGAGGCCUGGCAAUUUGUAGAUAACAAGAUGCGAUUUUUGAGUGGACAAUCUACAUUUAGGAGUCUGCUGUGGUACGAUCCCACUCUGUAUGGGGAACUCUUUAAAGGGAAGGUGGGAUUACAGCAGCAGUCCUCUUUAUAUUCAUCUUUCCAACAAAGCCUCAUCAACGAAGGACCAAUUGCAUUGCAGAGGUACCAUUUAGCUGUCUCUACAUUGAAUGAACAGCUGAAAAGGGCCCCAGAAAUGUCUUAUUACAUGUAUCUCAAAAGCAAAAGAGAGAGGCUGGAGAUUGAGGCUGCAUUACGAAAUCCCUCAGACAUAGAGAGUUUCUUCCUCUCUGUACCACUGUCUUGCAUGGUCAAUUUUGGCGACAGUGUGGAAAGUUUACAGAGGGUCCAGAGGCUUGUGACGACUUUCACAGAGACUCCUGCAGACAAAUUAGAAGACGGAUUCGAUGUUGGAAAGGCUGAGCACCUUGCCAUGGUGUUCCGAUUUCUUCAGGAGAAAAUCUACUAUUUGAAAGCUUGCAGCAACACGAUGGUCAGCAAGACGUCUUGGUUUGGCAUGGAACACAUCCUGUUUGACGCUUCGAAGAUGCUGGUGUGGAGGGACACGAAACAGACUGGGUCAGAUGAGCUGCAGGCGAAAUACAAGAAAGCAAAUCCACAAAUUGUCUAUGGGGUGACUGAAUCUGGUGUCUCACUGUUGCAUACAAGCGUGUCAAAGAGGACCCAGCUCAUGGUUAAGACUGGGAACACAGCACAGAGAUUCAGAGGUCGGAGUCGGGGGAUGCCGCCUAUGGAGAACACUCGCUGUGCUGAGAAAUAUCCUCAACAUGGGUCUUUGCCGAUAAUAGACCUCACAAAAUCCCCUAACAGGGAUAACCCAGAUGUAUACCACUGGGCCACACCCCCAAGCAACCCUGCAGCCCAUUUCCAGACUUGGACACACCAAGAAAACCUUGUCAAGAGCCAGGUAGUAAACUGGGGUGAAAGGUCACAUGAUACGCAAGCCAUGGAGAGGAAUAUCCCUGCAUCUUCCUUAUCCCGACCUGUGCCAACAUACCCUGAAAUCAGGGCCUGUCUAAGGACUAGUAAAAGUGGGACAGUGCCAAACUCACAGAUCCAGUUACCUGCCUCAAUGGGAGGGCUGGGAAGUAAAUCAGAUGGGAGGCAGCAGUGGGCCGCGAGCUGGGUUCCACAUAACCCCCAGAACAUCACAGGAAGUGAUCUGAGGCCAAUGCAUCCUCUGUGGAUUGGUGUUGGGGACAAUGGUCAUCCCCCCAUUGGGGAGCCUGUCCUCUUAGAGCAAACUAAUCCGUCUUCCUGGUCUAGUCUGCCUUCUUCUCCUCCAUCUGUACCAGCAGGAAAUACAGCACAAAAAUCUCUGCACUCCCUCCCAGCUCUCGCUACGACAAAUAAUUUCCCUCCCACAUGUGAGCCCCUUCCUAUAAAUUACCCAUUUUUCCUCCUGAAUGGUCAGACCUAUUCCACUGCUAAUCCUGAAUUGUCGACAGCAACUCUUGAUAACAGAGGGAGAUUUCCUCCCUAUGUAGAGUAGUGCUGCUUCUUUAUCAACUUUUAUGGAACAGGUUUAUAAAGCAAAUAAGGACCUUUUGAAUAUAAGGAAGUGCUGGUGUUUCCGUGUUUAA